AUGCAAAAAAAGAUAAAAUCAUCACCGGGCACAAACGACAAGCAACACAUCUUCUAUGAUACCUCUGAUGAUGUGCUCGGCCGGACUCAACUUCAGGCAAAUGAAGAGUUCAACGAGGACGUGGCUCGCAAUGUGCUCGAUUCGCAUUACACCCAUCAGCGAAUCUGUCACUGUCGAGCCUAUUGCCUGGAGGAUCGGUUGAGAUUCAAGCGCACUAAUCGGUUGCAGCCGAGUCCUCCGCGUAAAUUUCAUCUCUACAAUGAAAUUCGUUAUUUCUACAUUUUCUCCAAUCACCCGGACACCGUAGUUUUCUGCGUGCAAGACCUAACCUCACGACGCGACCACUACGAAGUGCACCGUUUCCACGGCGAGAGAGAUGCCAAUAAUGUCUGCGACCUUGUCAACCAGGCCCGUCGACAUCCGCAAUGUCGUCUUGUGCUCAACGACGUCUCGCCUGACGAGGGAAUCCGGCGCCAGUUAUCCAGUGUCACAAAUAUCAGUACUGGCACUCAGGAGUGGGCCGGUCGUGAACGUCCCGCCUUCAUUGAGGAGGUAUUGGUUACCGAGCCGGUCGAAAAUGUACCAUCGGUACGUCUGCAUCAGCAGUCUCGGAAUGUGGUGUUGGACAAUGCAUCAGCCUUCGAGAUGUCGAUCACACCGCAAAUGAAACAUCAAAAUCUUGCUAACAAGCCGGUCUACUAUCACACCCUCAAGUCUGGCCCUGUUCGUGAGGUGCCGGUGACGGAACAGGCUUACUUUACGGUUCGUUCAAGUAGCAACGGUUUCCUACCGAGAGCUCAUUCUGAGGCGGAAAUCAACAAAAUGCUCUCUAGCCGGCCUGUAGAGGCUAAGACACCGACGCAGGGACGAUAUUUAGCCUCAAAUCAUAUGCAUCAAAGUGAACUGGACACCGACAAUCCAGACACUUGGUUCGUGGACCUCAAAUAUUUGGACUCUGACCCGACCAACGGGACUCGUCUUACGGAUCAUGGGCCAAUCUACAUGUUCACUGCGCACAGUUUGGUGCCGAUGACGCGGAUUUACUCGGAAUGUUACUGUGACGAAGAGGAUGAUCGUGAUACAGACUACGAUACUAUUCAUAGCCGAAAAGCUGGCAUUCAUUCCGGCGUUGGUAGGUUGGGAGGCGCAAAAAGGGGCAAGCAGCAGAAAAUUCGUGCCGGCAACCCCAGAGGGCACAUAGUUUACAGUAACCCCUAUGAUAUAAAUGACCCAAAGAUGGCUUCAUGGCGUGAACCCACUGGCUCUCGGGAAAUCCAGUUAUAA